CUUUGUUAGGGUCUUUCUCUUUGUAGAGUUUCAGAGAGGGGCUGGGGGGGUCGAAAUCUUGAUCUCUCUCACUGUCAAGUGUACACCAACUUAACACUUACAGACUCGAAAAUAGAAACCGGAAAAAACAGAGAACCGUAAUUUAACAUAUAGACUUUUCAAAUCAAAUUGGUACUUUUAUUUCUUUCUGAAACCCUAGCUCAGCUUACUUGAAUUCGAUCGUCAUGGACACGCGGUUUCCUUACUCUCCGGCGGAGGUCGCCAAGGUCCGCCUGGUGCAGUUCGGCAUUCUCAGCCCUGACGAGAUUAGGCAAAUGUCAGUGGUACAGAUUGAGCAUAGUGAAACAACUGAGAGGGGAAAGCCAAAGGUAGCUGGUCUAAGUGAUCCUCGGCUUGGUACAAUUGAUAGGAAGAUGAAGUGUGAAACUUGUACUGCAAACAUGGCUGAGUGUCCUGGUCAUUUUGGGCAUUUGGAGCUUGCUAAGCCAAUGUUUCACAUUGGCUUUAUGAAGACUGUCCUCAGCAUUAUGCGAUCUGUUUGCUUUAAUUGCUCCAAAAUCCUAGCAGAUGAGGAAGAUCACAAGUUUAAGCAAGCCUUGAAAAUAAGGAAUCCCAAAAACAGGCUUAAAAAGAUUCUGGAUGCUUGCAAAAACAAAACUAAAUGUGAAGGAGGUGAUGAGAUUAAUGUCCAAGGUGAAGAUGGUGAAGAACCUGUUAAGAAGAGUAGGGGUGGCUGUGGUGCUCAGCAGCCUAAGCUGACUAUUGAAGGCAUGAAGAUGAUUGCUGAGUACAAGGCUCAAAGGAAGAAGAGUGAUGAUCCGGAGCAACUGCCUGAACCUGUUGAAAGGAAGCAGACACUUACUGCUGAAAGGGUUCUUAGUGUUUUGAAGAGGAUUAGUGACGAGGACUGCCAACUGUUAGGGUUGAAUCCCAACUAUGCCCGUCCAGAUUGGAUGAUUCUGCAGGUCCUUCCCAUUCCUCCACCUCCUGUGAGGCCCUCUGUGAUGAUGGAUACCUCCUCCAGGAGUGAGGAUGAUUUAACUCAUCAAUUGGCAAUGAUUAUUCGGCACAAUGAGAAUUUGAGGAGACAGGAAAGGAAUGGGGCACCUGCACAUAUUAUAUCAGAAUUUGCACAAUUAUUACAGUUCCACAUAGCUACCUAUUUUGACAAUGAAUUGCCUGGGCAACCAAGGGCUACACAGAGAUCAGGUAGACCUAUAAAAUCAAUAUGUAGUAGACUUAAGGCAAAGGAAGGACGGAUCAGGGGUAAUUUGAUGGGUAAGCGAGUGGAUUUCUCAGCACGAACUGUUAUAACACCAGAUCCAACCAUCAACAUUGAUCAGCUGGGAGUACCGUGGAGUAUUGCAUUAAAUCUCACUUAUCCGGAAACAGUGACUCCGUAUAACAUUGAAAGGUUAAAAGAGCUUGUCGAAUAUGGGCCACAUCCUCCACCUGGCAAAACUGGUGCCAAAUAUAUUAUAAGGGAUGAUGGUCAAAGGCUUGAUCUUCGAUACUUGAAGAAAAGUAGCGAUCACCACUUGGAACUUGGUUAUAAGGUGGAGCGACAUCUCAAUGAUGGAGACUUUGUUCUUUUUAAUCGCCAGCCCAGUCUUCACAAAAUGUCUAUCAUGGGGCAUAGAAUCAAGAUUAUGCCAUACUCAACUUUCCGCCUGAAUCUAUCUGUCACUUCACCAUACAAUGCUGAUUUUGAUGGGGAUGAAAUGAAUAUGCAUGUACCUCAAUCAUUUGAAACAAGAGCGGAAGUUUUGGAGUUAAUGAUGGUGCCUAAGUGCAUUGUGUCCCCUCAAUCAAAUCGGCCUGUAAUGGGCAUUGUCCAGGAUACUCUAUUAGGAUGUCGUAAAAUCACCAAAAGGGACACCUUCAUAGAGAAGGAUGUAUUCAUGAACAUCUUGAUGUGGUGGGAAGAUUUUGAUGGCAAAAUUCCUCAACCGGCCAUUUUGAAACCACGGCCUCUUUGGACCGGAAAACAAGUUUUUAAUCUCAUUAUCCCAAAGCAGAUAAAUCUAAUGAAAGCUGCUGCCUGGCACUCAGAUCUUGACAAAGGCUUACUUACCGUAGGGGAUACUCUAGUCCGUAUAGAAAAGGGGGAGCUCCUUACCGGAACCCUUUGCAAGAAGACACUUGGCACAUCAACUGGAAGUCUUAUUCAUGUUAUUUGGGAGGAGGUUGGUCCAGAUGCAGCUCGCAAAUUUUUGGGACAUACACAGUGGCUUGUUAAUUAUUGGCUUCUGCAGAAUGGUUUUAGCAUUGGAAUUGGGGAUACAAUUGCUGAUGCAGCAACAAUGGAAACGAUUAAUGAAACUAUUUCAAAAGCAAAAGAUGAUGUCAAAACUCUAAUCAGGAAAUCACAAGAGAAAAGCUUAGAGCCUGAACCUGGCAGAACUAUGAUGGAGUCAUUUGAAAACAAAGUGAAUCAGGUUUUGAAUAGGGCUCGUGAUGAUGCUGGAAGCAGUGCACAGAAAAGUUUAUCGGAGAGCAAUAAUCUUAAGGCAAUGGUGACAGCGGGAUCCAAAGGAAGUUUCAUCAAUAUAUCACAGAUGACUGCUUGUGUCGGACAGCAGAAUGUGGAGGGUAAGCGUAUACCCUUUGGGUUUAUAGAUCGGACAUUGCCUCAUUUCACCAAAGAUGACUAUGGGCCUGAAAGUCGAGGGUUUGUGGAAAACUCAUACCUCCGUGGACUGACACCACAAGAGUUCUUUUUCCAUGCUAUGGGUGGUAGGGAAGGUCUUAUAGAUACUGCAGUUAAGACAUCUGAGACUGGGUACAUCCAGAGGCGUCUGGUGAAGGCUAUGGAAGACAUUAUGGUUAAAUAUGAUGGCACUGUAAGGAACUCAUUGGGUGAUGUAAUCCAAUUUCUCUAUGGGGAAGAUGGCAUGGAUGCUGUCUGGAUUGAAUCACAGACUCUGGAUUCUCUGAAAAUGAAGAAAUCAGAAUUUGAUAAGACUUUCAGAUUUGAGAUGGAUCAGGAGAACUGGAACCCGAAUUAUCUGUUACAAGAAUUUAUUGAUGAUUUGAAAACAAUCAAAGAAUUGCAAGAUGUGUUUGAUGCUGAAGUUCAGAAGCUUGAAGCAGAUAGAUUCCAACUUGCAACAGAGAUUGCAACCUCAGGUGAUAGUUCUUGGCCUAUGCCUGUUAACCUUAAGAGACUUAUCUGGAAUGCACAAAAGACUUUUAAAGUUGAUCCACGAAGGCCCUCUGAUAUGCACCCAAUGGAAGUGGUGGAAGCUAUUGACAAGCUCCAGGAGCGGCUGAAGGUUGUCCCUGGUGACGAUCCAUUGAGCGUGGAAGCCCAAAAGAAUGCCACACUAUUCUUCAAUAUUUUGCUGCGCAGCACUUUUGCCAGUAAAAGAGUGUUGCAGGAGCAUAGGCUUACUCGCGAAGCAUUUGAGUGGGUUAUUGGUGAGAUAGAGUCACGAUUCUUGCAAUCACUUGUGGCACCUGGGGAAAUGAUUGGUUGUGUUGCUGCACAGUCAAUUGGUGAACCUGCCACUCAGAUGACUCUAAAUACAUUCCACUAUGCUGGUGUUAGCGCAAAGAAUGUCACUCUCGGUGUUCCUAGGUUGAGGGAGAUUAUCAAUGUGGCUAAGAAAAUUAAAACACCUUCUCUUUCUGUUUAUCUGAAACCUGGAAUUAACUCAACAAAGGAAAGGGCCAAGAAUGUGCAAUGUGCAUUGGAAUACACCACCCUUCGUAGCGUUACUGAAGCUACUGAAGUAUGGUAUGAUCCAGAUCCAAUGAGCACAAUAAUUGAUGAGGACGUUGAGUUUGUCAAGUCAUAUUAUGAGAUGCCAGAUGAGGAGGUUGCGCCUGAAAAAAUAUCUCCUUGGUUGCUUCGUAUCCAGUUGAAUCGGGAAAUGAUGGUUGAUAAGAAGUUAAGUAUGGCUGCCAUUGCUGAAAAGAUUAAUCUUGAGUUUGAUGAUGAUUUGACUUGUAUAUUUAAUGAUGACAAUGCUGAGAAACUUAUCCUGCGUAUUCGUAUCAUGAAUGAUGAAGCCCCAAAGGGUGAACUUAAUGAUGAAUCAGCAGAAGAUGAUGUUUUCCUGAAGAAGAUUGAGAGUAACAUGCUUACAGAAAUGGCUUUGCGAGGUAUUCCAGAUAUCAACAAAGUAUUUAUUAAAAAGGGUAAAUCAAACAAGUUCGAUGAGAAUCAAGGAUUCAAGUCUGAGGAUGAGUGGAUGCUGGAUACAGAAGGUGUUAAUCUUUUAGCUGUUAUGUGUCAUGAAGAUGUUGAUGCAAGGAGAACAACUAGCAAUCACUUAAUUGAAAUUAUUGAAGUUCUUGGGAUUGAGGCAGUUCGUCGGGCACUGCUGGAUGAAUUGCGUGUGGUCAUAUCCUUUGAUGGAUCCUAUGUGAAUUAUCGGCAUUUGGCUAUCCUGUGUGAUACGAUGACCUAUCGUGGCCACUUGAUGGCCAUCACUCGGCAUGGAAUCAAUCGCAAUGAUACUGGGCCAAUGAUGAGAUGCUCAUUUGAAGAAACUGUAGACAUUCUUCUUGAUGCUGCAGUGUAUGCUGAAUCGGACUAUUUGAGGGGUGUCACUGAGAAUAUAAUGCUUGGCCAGCUUGCACCAAUUGGGACAGGAGACUGUUCAUUGUAUCUCAAUGAUGAGAUGCUUAAGAAUGCUAUUGAACUUCAGCUGCCUAGUUAUAUGGAAGGUUUGGACUUUGGCAUGACACCUGCUCGUUCUCCCAUUUCCGGAACUCCUUAUCACGAUGGCAUGAUGUCUCCAAGUUACUUGUUUAGCCCAAAUCUCCGUCUGUCACCUGUUACAGAUGCUCAGUUUUCUCCUUAUGUUGGUGGAAUGGCCUUUUCACCUACUUCAUCUCCAGGCUAUAGCCCAUCAUCACCUGGAUAUAGUCCAUCAUCGCCUGGAUAUAGUCCCACAUCACCUGGAUAUAGCCCCACCUCACCCGGAUAUAGCCCCACUUCUCCCGGAUAUAGCCCCACUUCACCAACCUAUAGUCCCAGUUCUCCAGGUUAUAGUCCAACCAGUCCUGCCUAUUCACCUACUAGUCCUUCUUACUCACCUACAUCGCCUAGUUACAGCCCUACCUCUCCAAGCUACAGCCCCACCUCGCCAAGCUACAGCCCUACCUCUCCAAGUUACAGUCCAACUUCACCUAGUUAUAGUCCUACUUCUCCAGUGUACAGCCCCACCUCACCUGUAUACAGUCCAACUUCACCGUCUUACAGCCCAACGUCUCCUUCUUACAGCCCAACAUCUCCUUCCUACAGUCCAACAUCACCUUCUUAUAGCCCAACAUCACCCUCGUACAGCCCCACAUCUCCAUCAUAUAGCCCCACUUCACCAGCAUAUAGCCCCACUUCUCCUGGUUACAGCCCAACUUCACCGACAUAUAGCCCAACCUCACCAACCUAUAGCCCUACUUCACCAAGUUACGGUCCUCAGUCUGCCAAAUACAGUCCGUCGCUGGCUUAUUCACCAAGCAGCCCAAGAUUGUCACCUGCCAGUCCUUACAGUCCUACAUCUCCAAAUUACAGCCCAACAUCUUCAUCAUAUUCACCUACGUCUCCAUCUUAUUCUCCUUCAGGCCCUUCAUUUAGUCCUAGCAGUCCAUAUAAAUCUGGAGUAAGCCCUGACUAUAGCCCGGGUUCUCCACCAUACAGUGUUGGAUACUCGCCUAGUGCGCCAGGCUACUCUCCUUCAUCAACUAGUCAGUACUCCCCUCAGACAGACAGGGAUGACAAGAGCACCAAGGAUGAAAGGUACAAAAAAUGACCAGAGCAAGUGAUGACCGAAGCAUAUCAAGAACUGGGCAAUUAUCCAGAAAUUAAUCUAUCACCAUCUUCGGAUAUCAUAGUAUUUAUGGCUCUUUAUUGUCUGAUAUUAUUACUGUAUCACUAGUGCUUAUACAGACAAACAAGGGAUACUUAGUGUACACCCAAAACUCGAAGCUCGACUCUGAGUGACCGGGAAACAUUUCAACCUGUAUAAACUUGCGCUUGUUUCUUAUUUUUGUUUUCACAGAUUUACUUGAGACUGGGUUUAACCUCUGGUGUAAAACUUUCCCCAGUAGGCUGACCCAUUUCUAUUUGUAAACUUAUUUCAAAGUCUGGAUGUUCAUGUUGCCACUACGAUUUUCCACUUUCUGCAACAAACCCAGAAGGGAAUUUGAUUUCUGUAAA